UUGGGCUGGGUCUUGCCCUCCUCUGUGCUGUCCAUGCUUUAUAUGAUAAUGUGGACCAUGAAAAGGUCCUUGGAACCUGGCAUGUUCAUGGUAUAGCAACUAACUGCCAGAGAAUGUUGAAACAUAAGGACAAUAUGAAGAUUAUGGUCGCCAAUGUGAGUAAAACAGAAGCUGGAGAUAUCAAAAUAGCUACCAGUUUUCCCACGCCCCACGGCUGCAAGAAGAUGGAGCUGGUCUUUACAAAACAGGAAGAUGGAAAAUUCGCCCACAAAUGUGAGUGGGGUGAGAAAGUUGUAGAGACGGUGGAAACGGAUUCUGAAAACUAUGCCAUCGUCAACAUCAUAGUAAAAAAGAACGGAAAAGAAAAAGCCAAGGUGUUGACGAUGUAUGGCAGGGCUCGCUCUGUGGCACCAGAGACUGUGGAGAGAUUUAACGCUGCUGUGAAGGAACAGGGAUUGACGGAGGAGCAGACAAUAAUCCUGCCAAACGAAGUGGCCUGCAUAGAGACAACGGAGUAGGUGACCAAAGGAGAUUCAUCAGAAGAGCAAGUGAUGGUUGACAGCAUCUACCUUAUCACUUUGGGCUUUGCUCAGUGCCCAAGGCUAGGAAUC